GCGAAUCACCGUCGUCGGUAUUGAGAUUUGAUUGAAGUCGCACGUAUUAUUGGGUGGGCGGUGACGCUCCAGACACACUCGCCCGACCGCUCGACUGUCGAACGACGAGAUGUGCAGUUCAGAAUUCCUUUCACAUCACCAUGGUCGCGCCGCCCGUCGUGGUCGCCGUGGACACCCCGUGGUUUGUCAAGAAGGAGUUCUCGCUGAGCCCGACUACGCUCCUCACGACGGCAUCACCGAUCCUGGAAGCCAAGGUGCGGCCAGCACUGACCGUCGACACGACACAAAGCGCAGCCAACACAUUGUAUCUUGCACUCUCGGCCCAGACGCGCCAGCUCCAGCGCGACCUCGCUGCCGCCCUCGAGAGCAUCAAAGUGCUCACGGCCGAGCGGGACGCGGCACACGCCACGAUCCGCGAGCUCCAAGCGGCCAACGAGGCGCACGUCGCGGUCCUCACCCAGCGCGCAAACGAUGCCGAGGCCAAGGCUCUAGUGGCGUCCUCAGAGACGCUCCUUGCAAACAUGGCGCGCAUCGACUUGGACUACCGCCUCUUGCACCUCCAGGCGACGCACCACGAGCGCUGCACGCAGCUCGAACUCCACAACGCCAAGCUUUUGCGCGACGUCGCGACGCUUUUGACCCACCGACACCGUCUCGAGGAGGAGAAGGACGUCCACGAGACCGUCAUUCGAACACUCCAUGCGCGCACGAGCUACUUUAAAGCUCGCAUGCACGAACUGGAGACGGACCUGGAUACGCUCACGCACCUGACGCCGGUCGUGACGACGCCAGUGACGGCGGUUGUGCCCAAGCUCGUGCGCCAACGAUCGUUGCGGCAGACAAAGCCGCUGCCGCCCCUCCGCAUUCUCACGUCCAAGGUCGUCUCGAGCAUGCUCCACAAAGCGACGAUGCUGUACUCGCUCCACCGCGCCAACGAGCUCCGGAAACCGCGCGGCUGCAAACGCCUCUUGGCCAAGAAACCGUCUCGCCGUCUCCUCCUUCUCUAGACAAAUUCUCUGCAUUCCUAUUUUAUGGCCAACAUGGCCCUAGACACUCUCAACUUAUGACGACUAUUUAAUUAACACUUGUCCUCCACACAUGUUAAC